CGUAACCUCUUUUACGACGGCGUGCCGUGUCUAGUCUAAUGCCCAUUUUUCGACAGUGUGACUCGAAAGCGCCACGGCAGUGAAUAAGCCGUUUUUUAUUUACCUCUGAAGUAUUGAAAAGCAAUAGCAUCACAAAAACUCGGAAGUGCUCAACUGCAUCAGAUAUCACUAUUCGAUCGAAAUAGUUCGAAGUUUUAACGCGCGCCACCUCUUCAAGUGAAGCUCGAGGCCCGGCGGCGGACAGCUAGCUCGAGCAGCCUGGAAAAGUUUGUUGUUGUCACGUGACAAGAUACGAAUGUGGCGAUAAAAGUUUUUCUUCCAGUAUUAAAGCACCGCGAAUAUUUGAUAUCGUCUUACAACUACUAUUCUCAAACAAUGCCUCAACCGAAAUACAGGAAGAUUGCUGUGUUGGGGUACAGGUCUGUUGGAAAGUCCUCUCUAACUAUACAGUUCGUGGAAGGACAGUUUGUAGAUUCAUAUGACCCUACUAUUGAAAACACUUUUAAUAAGAUGGUAUCUGUGAAUGGACAGGACUUUAAUCUUCAGCUUGUGGACACUGCUGGUCAGGAUGAGUAUUCCAUUUUCCCACAGUCUCACUCAAUGGACAUUCAUGGUUAUGUCCUUGUCUACUCUGUCACCUCUAUGAAAAGUUUUGAAGUUGUUCAGGUUCUACACGACAAGCUGCUGGAUAUGGUUGGGAAAAUUCAGGUGCCUACUGUUCUGGUUGGGAACAAAAAAGAUCUUCACAUGGAGAGAGUGAUUAAGCCAGAGGAGGGCAAAAAGCUGGCCGAUUCCUGGGGUGCUGCUUUUAUGGAGUCCUCUGCUAAAGAGAAUCAGACGGCUGUGGAGGUUUUCAAGAGAAUUAUCCUGGAGAUGGAGAAAGCAGAUGGAAACGCCCCCUCAGAGGAGAAGAAGUGCGCUGUGAUGUAGGCGGGUCCAGGCAGACACAAGCAGUGGGCUAAUUGGCCAAUGCCAGGAGACACAACAUCACCAGCCUGCCAAUCAUAACCCACCAGACCACAGUCAUAGUUCAAGGCCCCCCUCUCAGCAGCAAAGAACUGCCACACUCUGUCCCCUAAAUGUGUACAGUUCUUUUCUACAGCUCAAAAAACAGUGUUCUGAGGCCAACUGAAUGCAACACCACAUUCUGUUUUAUUUCUUUUUAAUAUAUCUCACACUUAUACAUACGUACAUACAUACAUACAUACAUACAUACAUUAUAUAUAUAUAUAUGAAUAGAAAAAGAGGUAUGGGAUUCACAUUACAAAGUAUACCCAGUGUGAGUAAAUAUUUAAGACAUAAAGCAAUGCAGAGACGUAAGUCUUGCUGUGAAAAGUACUGUAGUCUGUAAAGUUGGCCUCAGUCAAGCAACACUUGGGAAAAGUAAGUUUAAGAAAAUGGCCAAAUAUAAACCGAAAAGCCACAUGCUGCGUUUAAUGUUUUCAUCGCUGCCUUAUUAAUGUAAUAAUACACAUGUUCAUUUUCACAGCCUGACAUUCAUUGGACACUAGUUAUCAACCUUACAUGUCUAGCCAUGUGUCAGGAGUGGGUGGAGUGACCUUGUGGUCCCAGUCCACUCUCAUUGGCUGUCUCUGCCUUAGACACCACUUAGGCCAACCAAUCGCUGGUGCCUAACCCACAGACUCGGUCUACUUUCUCAGGUUGUUCAUAGGUUCCAGCCAAUCCUUUGUGGUUCUUUUUCUGUCAGGCAAUCUCUUACGAGCCUUACUAGCUUCUCCUCGUCUCCCGUCAACACUGGUUGGGGUCAGAUUUUUAUUUUUAUAUUUUUUUUUGGGGGUGCCCGACCCCUGCCCAGUGCAAAGACAGAAGUGGGAGCACUGCAGGAGCGGUGGAGGAGGAGUCUGUCUCUCAUCUGCUGUAGUCACCUUUCAUUAGCUGUCAGUGAUUUCUGGGUUUAUGUGUGGGAGGGUGGGGGGGGGGGGAUUUUUCCCCCUUUUGAUGAAAUUUCUUUUUUUUCCCUGCCUCUGAUGAGAAUAUUGCCCCAAGAGCAUAUUUCUUUAUAAGACUGUAAAUCAUGUUCCUCUUUCCUUCUCUCUUAUGAUUAGAAGCAGUUUAAUUAUCUUUUCCCAUGUUUGAAACCUUUACGGAUAAGGGUUUUGAAAUAUCCAUGAACUGAAGUAUAUCCCCUUCCCCCCAAUUUAGCUGUAUUCUUUGUACAGCUUUAGUUCUCUUACGAACAUGACUUUAAUAUAGUAUUGUUUGAAAGCAUCGCCUGAUGUAACUGAAAAAUCUUGAUUGAUUUAUUGAUUUGGUUGGUUAAUUUUGUAAUUGAGUGGUAGUGUAAAAAAGGCUGGUGUUGCUGGUGCUGGUGAUGCUGUGUUGUGUGCCUUACCUUCCCAUUAUAUGACCCAUGUCUCUCCUUCCUCCCCAAAACACAUUACACACAAAAACUGACCAUUCACCUCUGCCCAAACUGAUUUAAGGUGCUCUGUUGGGUUUCUCUGCUCUAUUGACUUGACUCCCACACUACUUUUGAGGAAAAUCGAGUGGUGUUGUUGCACCUCAAUGCCCAAUACUCGACGUGGGGGACUGGUUAAACAGAAAACUUGCUGUAAACAGUUUUGUAUAUAAAAUGAAUAAAUCCUUUACUCUUGAA